AUGGAAAAAAGUAUGUUUUUGAAAAUCGUCGACGACAUCGAGGCGAAUUUUCCAUAUUUUAAAGACGGGUUCGAUGCACGUGGGCGAGGUAGUUUCAAACCGCUCCAAAAAGUCGCAUCGGCGGUACGCCAACUCGCAACGGGCAAUCCGCCCGACGAGUACGAUGAGUACUUACAAAUGGCCGCGAGAACCGGCCGCGAUUCUCUUGAUCAUUUUUGUGACGCCAUCAUUAAGUUGUAUGGCCGUGAGUACUUACGUAGGCCUACCCAACACGACGUUGCUCGUAUUUUCCAAGCUCACGAAGAGCGCCACCACAUGUCGGGGAUGCUUGGUAGCAUUGAUUGUGCACAUGUCGAGUGGUUAAAUUGUCCAAGACACUUGAAAGGACAAUAUACGAGAGGCGACCAUGGCGUUCCCACUAUUAUGCUUGAGAUAACCGCUUCUCAAGACUUGUGGAUUUGGCAUGCUUAUUUUGGUGCUCCUGGUUCAAACAACGACAUCAAUGUGUUGAACCAAUCCGACUUGUAUUACACGGAGCGAAAUGGCACGGCCCCGGAUACUUCAUUCGUCGUUAAUGGUCGGCAGUACAAACAUGGUUAUUAUCUAACCGACGGCAUCUACAACAAGUGCUCGACGUUUGUUAAAGCAUACCCGUAUCCUACUGACCCGAAGGAGAAAAGAUUCAAGAAGUUACAAGAGGGGGGCGAGGAAAGAUGUGGAGCGUGCUUUUGGGGUUCUAAAAGGAAAAUGGAAGAUUCUUAG